AUGGAAAAACUGAAUCCUCGCGAGGAAAACAGCAAAUUCGCCUUAAACUAUAACAAGAGCAUAGAGGAACCAGGGGACCUUUUUAGAUGUGGGGAUGAAAAAACGCCGAUAACAGCUCUCAGGUGUGAUGAACUUUCCCCGUCACGUCAAUAUGAGCACGGGCCUCCGCGAGCAGACUUUCUGAUCGACGACAACGGAUAUAUUAUCGCCAGAGGUUCAUCAGGUAACUUUUGUUCCCAAUACACUAUAAAAUGAUAUUAACAUGAAAGAUAGUAAAGAAAUUAGAAAGUAAUUUGAGCACAGACUUUUCCUAUUUAUUAGGCUGGCUGGCCCGUGACGGUUAGCCUGUGAAUACAGCCGUUUCUCCUUGCUCCUCGCCGCCAGGGACGUUUCGCCAGGAGGAACAUCUGCGCCUCAGCGACGCAAAUUCCAUACUAAUAACGUAAAUUAAUGUUUACAUAAUAAAUCCGGUAGUCAUGGGGUUCCCAAUGUAAAUUUGUUUGGUUCAGUAUGUUUCACCUGGUCGAUUUUAUGGUAAAGUUUCGUGUUCUACUGCGAACGAGCUUCAGCAAAAUUCAGAUGCUUUUUCUAACGAAGAAUAUGUUCGAGGAAUAUUGACCGUUUUAUAGUCGAUUCAUAAGGGUAAGACUAAUCGGUCGAACCGCAGACCGCGGAACUGCGUGA